AUGAAGCGGGCUCAUGUUAGGGCAAGGAAUCUAAUCCCAUCCCUACUCAUCCAUCGAAACACUAAUGAUCCUGCGUCCUCGCGGAUCGGCGAUACACCAUCUAUUCAACCUCACUUUCCGCGAAGACGGGGUAUAAGAGGACCCUUCCACCACCGUCUUGUUUCAACGACAUGGUUCCUCGUCAUAUUCCACCCAGCCCUCGACUAUUCCGCGGCUAACGGUGUGGUUAUGCUCUUCUCCUCCAACUUAUUGCCAUCAAAGACACCGCAAUAUCCCUACAGCCUCGCUGCCAAGGCAAGAUAG